UCAAACGUUCAGGGCAGCAGACUAGUUCAGUUCUCAACGGUCAGUACACCGUCACCAGGCAUCAACAUAUAUCCACAGACAGAUAUAAUGUAUGUCAGACAUCAGUGACUUAAUGUGUGUAAACGAUGAGAUCAUCUCACGGUCUCCUCUCUCGUCCCCGGUCUCCGGUCUCCGGUCUCCUGCUCCGGUCGGUCCACAGCUUCAGGUGUCACUAACGGUACUCGCUCAGGAACUGAGUGAUGACCUGUAUCAGAGGAUAGCAGCAGAGAUGAACCUGUCAGAAACAGCUUUCAUCACCAGGAUCAACCCCUCUGACAAUUUUACCACAGGAUCAAGGUUCCAACUUCGAUGGUUUACACCAACCAAUGAAGUGAAUCUGUGUGGUCAUGCCACUCUGGCCUCUGCAGCAGUGCUGUUCAAGCAUAAGAAAAAUGUGAAUCCCAAACUGGUGUUUGAGACCAAGAGUGGAGAUCUGGCUGUCAUCCAGCAGGGGGAGGGGUACGUCAUGGACUUUCCUCUCAACCCGCCCACCCAGGAGGAUGCCAAUGAGUUCAGAGACCUCAUCAAGGCUGCAGUUGGAAACCACCCCGUCCAGGAUGUUUAUCUGAACUCCAACACUAAGAAAAUGAUGAUUCGACUGGCUGACAGCUGUGACAGGUCAGUGCUAACCAGUCUGAAAGUUGACCCUGUUGCUCUUCUGAGCAAUGAGAAGAGUGGAAGAGUCAAAGGAGUAAUCCUCACCAUGAAAGGAUCCCCAGACUGCCAGCCAGGAUACGACUUCUACUCCAGAUUCUUUUCUCCAUGGAACGGCAUCCCUGAGGAUCCCGUCACUGGUUCAGCCCACACCGUGCUGGGUAGCUACUGGUCUACCAAACUAGGAAAGAAGAAAAUGCUGGCUUACCAGUGCUCCAGUCGAGGCGGGGAGCUGGGACUAGAAGUGAGAGACGACGGGAGAAUCAACAUAUCUGGACAGACUGUCACUGUGCUGCAGGGAACCAUCACACUAUAGACACAGCCACAUGCAAGCUAAGAGGGCUGGGGAUGAUGGGAUGAUGGUCGUACCUGCACAGAGAAGCGGACACAGGCUUUGUACCAUUUGAUUAAAACAAACAACAAGAUGGUUUAAAUAAAAAGAUAAACAGAUUAUUGUCCAGACUGGUCAAUCUAAUAUUGACAAAUAAAGGAUGAAAAGAACAUCUCACA